UUCUUUGAUUUUGUUCAUUUUCUUUGCCAGAGAAACUCGUGAGGUUUUAUGCAAUUACUAAGUUUAUUCUUUUCUCUUCUAUGAUUCUUGAAAAAGACUGAUCUUUGCUGUGAUAAUCAUCUUAUUCAUAGCUUUCUAUCUUAUGAGGUCUCCGGUCUUUACUUGGUCUAUUCAUCUCUAGAAGUACUGCCCUUGAUCUUACUCAGUUUCUGUUCAUCUUAUUUCGGAUAAAACAACGAUUUUUCGAGCAGGGAGCUGAUUAUUCUUGAUGGUGAGGGAUUUUUCCAUAGCUUGAGGGAGUGAUAUGGAGGUUUGAAAGCAGAUAUGUGGAGAGGGGAGAGAGAGAGAAAAGAGAAGAGAUAGUAUCUGCAGUUACGUGAAAAAAGAGCAAAAUAAAGAAGGAGGAGAGGAUGAAUAACAGUAGUAGCGGUAACUUGGGUUCAAUCAGCAGCUCUGAUCUUAUUGAUGCAAAGCUCGAAGAGCAUCAGAUUUGCGGAUCCAAACAGUGCCCCAGCUGCGGACACAAGCUCGACGGAAAGCCGGAUUGGUUAGGUCUACCAGCAGGAGUCAAAUUUGACCCGACAGACCAAGAACUGAUAGAACACCUCGAGGCCAAAGUGGAAGCCAAGGACAUGAAAUCUCACCCUCUCAUCGACGAGUUCAUUCCUACCAUCGAAGGCGAGGAUGGGAUUUGUUACACCCAUCCUGAGAAACUUCCAGGAGUGACAAGAGAUGGGUUGAGCAGGCACUUCUUCCACAGGCCGUCCAAGGCUUACACGACCGGGACACGGAAGCGGCGGAAGAUCCAGACUGAGUGUGACCUCCAAGGCGGCGAGACGCGGUGGCACAAGACGGGCAAGACAAGGCCCGUCAUGGUGAAUGGCAAGCAGAAGGGUUGCAAGAAGAUACUGGUCCUCUACACCAACUUUGGCAAGAACCGGAAACCCGAGAAGACCAAUUGGGUCAUGCACCAAUACCAUCUUGGCCAGCACGAGGAAGAGAAGGAAGGGGAGCUCGUGGUUUCCAAGAUAUUUUACCAGACGCAGCCGAGGCAGUGCAACUGGUCUGAGAGGAGCGUUCCUGCCACUAGCACUUCCGCUCAUGCCGCCGAAGGAAGUGGCGAUCCGAACACUAGUAGCAGAAGAGGUGGCGGUGGCGGUGGGAGCGGAAGCUCUUCUACUUCGAAGGAGACAAUUUCUCGGACGGAUGAGAUCCCCGGAAGCGGAGUCAUCACCGCGGUUACCGCUGCUAUUUCCAGUUACGGCGCUGCCACCACCGACCUUCAACAGUUGAAAUCGGAACAUUACGGGUUCAUCCCAUUUAGAAAAGGCUUCGACGAGGUGGGAAUUGGAGAAGCUUCAACCGCAAGGGAAGCCCCGGCAUCCGGCACCUGCGAGGACAUGAGAGAUCAUCAUCAGUACCAGAGGUUGCAUCAUCCUGUGGCUCCCCAUGAUCAUCAGCUCCAUCAUCAGCACCACGUCCACCACCCAAUCCCCACUGCGGCAUUCCACAUCAGCCGGCCCUCGCACCCGAUCUCCGCCAUCAUUGCCCCGCCUGCUCCUCUCCACCAGACAGCGGCCUCCAUCAACAUUCUCGAUGAGGACUCAUUCCACGUCUCGAGGAUGAUGCUCCAGAAUGAAUUCCAGCAACAGCAGCAACAGCAGCAACAGCAACAGCAGCAGCAGCAGCAAGAACAACAUCAUAAAAUGGGAGGGAGGUCAGCGUCUGGUCUGGAGGAGCUCAUAAUGGGAUGCACUUCAUCGUCGACAGAUAUUAAAGAAGAGUCAUCAAUCACAAACCCACAAGAACCUGAGUGGUUGAUGAAGUACUCUCCCUUCUGGCCCGACCCUGACAAUCCGGAUCAUCAUGGGUAGGAGUGAAGAAUUACAAAGAGAGAAGGAACAGAAAAGGAAGAAGAAGGAAAAAAAAAGGGUUCCAAACAAAACGCUCAGGGACAUCAUCAUUAUCAGCAGUAUCAUGAGUACUUGAAGCCCCUCCUCUAACAAGUUCCUUUCAAGCUUAGAGAAAGAGAGAGGAGAGAGAGACCAAAGGACACCUACACAGUAUGUACUUUGUCUUCUUUUGUUUUUUUGGUUAUUAAGGUUCUCUCUCUCCCUCUCUCUAAAAAAACCAGAACUAACUGUUUAACUGUCCAUGUUGGAAAGCAAGGUGUGGGGAAAACAAAGGAGAAUGAAAGAGGGAAAAAGAAGGGAAAAGAAAAAGAAAAGAGAGGAAAAAAAAAAACCCAAAGAAAAUGAAAGAAGCCUCCCAAGAAAAAGCUGCUCUCUCUACUGACAUUUUCGAAGGAGAAGCCAAAGACC